CCCAGAACAAAAAAUUAACAAAAGAAAAGUUUAAAGUUUGGCAGGGAAAGGAGGAGGAGGCAGAAAAAAAACCGGGUUUAAACCCAAAUUUCCUCCUUCACUUGUUUCUUUGCUUUCUCUCCAAGUUAAGUGCUAGGUCAACCACGAGAAACGACCCUAUCAUCUUGAUUAUUCUUCCAUGUCCUUAUGUCUUGUUUAGGGUUUUAAGAAGAAGGGACGGACCGACCCGGGUCGUUUUUGCAGUGAGACCAUGUCUUUUGCUUCUCUCGGCCAUCAAAGAUCUCAGAGAAACAAUACCAUAUACUUCCAAGAAACCAUUGUUUUGCAGGUCGGGUCUUUUUUCUGUUUUAUUUCUCCGGUAGAAACAGAAAGUCUUAGCUGCUAUCUACAGUCCUCAGUUUAGACCCAAAUUUUCUUUUCUGUUAACUUUCGUUUCCCCCUCAUUUUUGGCAUCAAUCUCAUGGUUGGAUUUCCAUCUCAAUAGAAUUUCAUCUGAGCUUUAUAAAGAAGGUCAAAUUUGCAGGAAGGGAAAGGUAUUGUAAAGAGUAGGGGAACGAUGAUGAAGUGAUAUGAGAGACUACGAGCAACUUCUCGUUUUCCUCUUCUUCUGCUACUUCAAAGUACAAAGAUUAAGUUCCUCGUCAAGACCGAAACCUGUUGUUGGGAACCUUGGAUGCUGUUGAAGUUUACAGAACCCAAGAGCCUUCUAUCAAUUUCGACAAGAAACUAGGGCUCAUGGACUUGUCACUCGGCAACAACAAUAAUGAAUGCCGAUCAAAUGCUGGAAACUGUAUAGGCGGAGAUAGUACUAGCUCUAUCGAGAAAGAACACAUGUUUGACAAAGUUGUCACACCGAGCGACGUAGGCAAGCUCAAUCGCCUCGUCAUACCGAAGCAACAUGCUGAGAAGUACUUCCCUCUCGACGCUUCAUCAAACGAGAAAGGGUUUCUAUUGAAUUUCGAGGAUCCAAGCGGAAAGCCGUGGCGGUUCCGGUACUCAUAUUGGAAUAGUAGCCAGAGUUAUGUGAUGACCAAAGGGUGGAGUCGUUUCGUCAAGGAAAAAAAGCUCGAUGCGGGUGAUACUGUGUUGUUCCAACGGGGCGUUGGGGAGGUGGGAAGAGACCAGUUAUACAUCGAUUGGAGGCGCAGGCCUAAAGCACCCGAUCCAACGGCGCUCGCACACAUGCAGCUCCGAAGCCGGUUCAACUUUCCGCAGUCAGAGCGGUGUAGUCAAUACGUUAUGCCGCGAACCAUUUAUGAGUCUCGAAGCUACGAGCCUUUACAUCGGUUGAACUACAGCAUAUAUCCCUAUAGUCAUCGUCAUCAACAACAGCAACAACUACAGCGUCGGGCAAUUACAUACGGCAAUGUGGGGCAGUAUUAUCCGAGGUCAUCAUCCGGCCGGUCACAUCACCAAAUUGGAGCAGCGGUGCAAGGAGGGGAGCCAAUGGUAAUUAACUCAGUGCCAGUUGUUCAGGGUACUAAAACCGUAGCUAAAAGCCUUAGGUUGUUUGGUGUGAACAUGGAGUGUCUCAGUACUGCACAUGAUGAAUCUUAUUGGACUUCUCCUCGUGAUGGAACAAUAGGUUCAGAUGAAUCUCCUCAUAUCUCUUCGUCUUCUCGCCAAUCAAGAUUGUCCGAUAAUAACAAUCACUCCCCACUGUCUGAAUAUGCAAAGAAAGGAAAAUCUUCCUUGUCCAUUGAUUUGGAUCUCUGAUCUUCAUCUUUUUUAUUUGCGACAUGCGCUGGAUUUAAGAAAGAUGGCUGAAUGAUAUUGAAGAUAUGCUUUUAGCAAUCCUAGUCUUUCUUUUUUAACGAUAAUAAUUUCUUUUGCAUAUGUUUUAGUACAUUAGUU